AUGGGUGCGCUCAAGGAUCCUACCAUUAAGAUGAUUGGCAUGCAUGGAACAGGUGGUGUUGGAAAGACAACAAUGGUAAAGGAAGUUGGCAAUGUAGCGAAGAGAGAUGGGGUUUUUGAUGAUGUGGCAAUCGCAGUUGUGUCCCGAAAUCUGGAUAAGAAAAAUGUUCAAGGAGAGCUUGCAGCACAGUUACUGCAGAAUGGGAAGAAGAACGUUGUGAUACUGGAAGACAUUUGGGAUCCACUUAACUUGGAGGAAAUUGGAAUUCGUUAUACAACAGACUAUGGUAACAAGGAGGGUUGCUGCAAAGUUCUGGUAACAUCCCGGAAGAACCUUUUCCACAUGAUGGCACCAAAAGCAUGGACAAGAGAGUUUUUAAUCCAAAGUUUAGAAAAGAAGGAAGCACGUACCCUAUUUAUGAAGACGGCAGAAAUCUCCGUCAACUCUGAGAAAGAAAUGACUUCUGUAGAAAAAGCGGUGGGUGACGAAUGUGGAGGCUUGCCCGUUUCUAUACUUGCUGUUGCAAAAGCAUUGAAAGGAAAAGAGAGCUAUGCAUGA